GGCUGGACAGGUCUUAUCUUCGGGGAGGGUAUUCCGCCAUCACCACCACCUCCUCCAUGAGCCCAAUGAUGCUUGCUGCGGGCUUUGCCUAAGGUACUUGGAUGAACGUCGGUUCGCAUGCAGCGCGACAUGCUGCAUUAGUCCCUGCAUUUGCCAACCCGACAAGCCCACUGCAGCGUCAAUCCUUCCAGUGACAUCAUGGCCGCACAGCCAGAGCCAUACCGGUGGACGGCAUCCCAUGCUGUGACAAAGAUUCGAUCUGGGGAGCUCACCGUCGAACGAUUCGCGCAGUCUCUCUUGAGCCAGAUAGCUGCUCGUAAUAGCGACGUCCAGGCCUGGGCUUAUCUCAAUCCAGAUCUUGUCCUCGAGCAGGCGCGAGCUCUGGAUCGCAUUCCCCUCCCGGAGCGCGGGCCGCUCCACGGAGUCGCCAUCGGUAUCAAGGACAUUUUCUACACGAAAGACAUGCCCACGUGCCACAACUCUCCCAUCUACGCCAGCGACACGGCAGUGGCUGUAGAUUCGGGCCCCGUCGCGAUCCUUCGCCAAGCAGGCGCCCUGAUUCUUGGGAAGACGACAACAACAGAGUUCGCGGCGACAGUGAAUGGGACUGCCACCAAAAACCCACAUGACCCUUUGCGCACCCCAGGCGGGUCAUCGUCUGGCUCAGGGGCCGCCGUGGGCGACUCGCAGGUGCCUGUGGCGAUCGGCACCCAAACUGGCGGCAGCAUCAUCCGCCCUGCCUCGUUUAAUGGCAUCUAUGGCUACAAGCCCACCUGGAACGUCGUAAGCCGCGAAGGCCAGAAGAUUUGCUCGCUCAUCCUCGACACGAUUGGAGUUUACGCCCGCUGCGUCGCCGACUUGCAGCUCAUGGCCGAUGUGCUCAACAUUAAAGACGACGAAAUGCCCACGGGCACUUUUUCGGUUCGCGGCGCAAAGUUUGGCUUGCUCAAAACUGUCGUCUGGCCACAGGCUGGGCCUGGGACCCAGGCUGCAAUGGCCAAGGCAGCAGAGCUACUCCGCGACCACGGCGCCACGGUGGAGGAGCUGUCACUGCCUCCGGAUCUUAACGACUUGCCCGAGUGGCACCGGACUGUGAUCUCCACCGACGGAAGGAGUGCCUUCUUCCCCGAGUAUGUCGUCGCAAAAAGCAAAAUUUCCCAAUUUGUAAUAGACCAGGUGGAAAACUCGGCCGGGAUUACUAGGCGCCAACAAAUGGACGCAUUCGAUUGUUUGGCUGCAGCUCGGCCGAGGGUGGGCGAGAUCUUGAGUGGAUACGACGCCGUCAUUGUUCCCAGCGUUCCUGAUGAGGCUCCUCUUGGGCUGGAAAGCACCGGGAGCGCAGUAUUCAACGUCAUCUGGACAGCCAUGCACACUCCAGUUGUAAACAUCCCGGGAUUUUGCGGCGAGAAUGGGAUGCCGAUCGGGGUGUCGCUGGUGGCUCCACGGUACCAAGAUAGGAAGCUGCUGUAUGUGUGCGAGGAAGUUGGGAAAAUCUUUGAGUCGGAGGGAGGAUGGGGCUCGAGGCGGACAACGGAGGGCUGCAAGUAAAGGGCACUAGAACCACACUUUGUAAGGCAGCAAUAGAUUUUUGGGAGUGAAUGAUUUCAUGUUCUGUCAC